AGGCGGGAAGAGGAAUGAACCACAAGAGCAAGAAGAGGAUUAAAGAGGCGAAGCGGAGCGCCAGGCCCGAGCUGAAGGACUCCUUGGACUGGAUAAAACACGGCUACCAUGAGACCUUCGACCUGUCUCACCCCACCGUGAAGGACAACGUUGAGCGUGUGGACACCCUCCACCUCAGUCCUGAAGAGUUCAUCCGGCGCUUCGAGCGGCCUUACAAGCCGGUCGUCCUGCUCAACUGCCAGGAGAGCUGGCCCGCUCGGGAGAAAUGGACCAUGGAGCGCCUCAAACGCAAAUACCGCAACCAGAAAUUCAAGUGCGGGGAGGACAACGACGGGUACUCGGUGAAGAUGAAGAUGAAGUACUACAUCGAGUAUCUGGAGACCACCAGGGACGACAGCCCGCUCUACAUCUUCGACAGCAGCUACGGUGAACACGCCAAACGCCGGAAGCUGCUGGAGGACUACCAGGUGCCGCUCUUCUUCAGGGACGACCUGUUCCAGUUCGCAGGAGAGAAGCGCAGGCCGCCGUACAGGUGGUUCGUGAUGGGCCCGUCCCGCUCCGGCACCGGCAUCCACAUCGACCCGCUGGGCACCAGCGCCUGGAACGCCCUGGUUCAAGGGCACAAGAGGUGGUGUCUGUUCCCCACUAACACACCCCGCGAGCUGAUCAAGGUGACCAGAGAGGACGGGGGCAACCAGCAGGACGAGGCUAUCACCUGGUUCAACGUGGUUUAUCCACGAACGCAGCAGCCCAACUGGCCUCCAGAGUUCACGCCGCUGGAGAUCCUCCAGAAACCCGGGGAGACCGUCUUUGUGCCUGGCGGGUGGUGGCACGUAGUCCUCAACCUGGACACGACAAUCGCCGUCACUCAGAACUUUGCCAGCACAACCAACUUCCCCAUCGUGUGGCACAAAACAGUCCGCGGGCGACCCAAACUCUCCAGGAAGUGGUACCGUGUCUUGAAGCAGGAGAGACCUGAUCUGGCAGCUCUGGCAGACAAAGUGGACCUUCAGGAGUCGACGGGCAUCGCGUCCGACAGCUCCAGUGACUCCUCGUCAUCCUCCUCCAGCUCCUCCGACUCUGACUCCGACGCAGAGUCGGGCUCCGAGGGCGACGCCAUGUCCCACCGCAGGAAGAAGAGACGGACCUGCGCCAUGACGGCCAACGGGGACACCAGCAGCCAGGACGACUGCGUCAGCAAGGAGAGGAGCUCGUCGCGGUGACCUCCAGCCUCCGUCCAGCCUCCGGAGGCGACUCCUCCGCUCGCCAACGCAGACACGACCGCUUCUAGUCUAGUUUAGGUAAAGGGACGAGAUGGCGGCGGCCGGCGAGGAGCGAGUCGUAGUUUGAGGAGGAGGAUCUGCGGGGAGGGGGGGGGCGGGGGGGGUCUGCUGGAGACCUGCCACCACUGUGCUUUUCAACACCAAUCAGUAUGUUUGUCUGUAGCUUCUGUAGUGUGAGGACAUUAUAACCAGUAACGGACUGGUGAGGGGGAUUCUGGGAGCCCGGUGUGGGCUUUGAAAGUCUCUGAGCUGCUUUCUGAUGUGAGUUUGUGGAGAAAUGGGAGUAUUUGUAAAGGUUGUGACACAUUCAGCCACCAGAGUUUGGCCUUGUGCAGGUUUCUGUGCCGUCACAUCUGGAUCAGGAUCACUCGGACCUUCUAGUUUCACAGCUGGAAACCGGUUCAUAAAGACCAGAUCGCACCAGACAGACACAGAAUGACGGUUAACAACUCACGUCUCAGUCUCUCUGUUCUCCGUACCCCCCCCCCACUGUUCAGCUAACUGUUAGCUCGGCUGUUCACACAUGUAGCGCAAAUAUUUUAACCAAAUUUACACCAAAUCAGCAAAAGAAAAUGCAAAUGAAACCACGUUUCCAUCCACUGCUGCUGGUAAACAGUAGGUGGCGCUCAUUCUCCAGUCGGUGCCAUUAAACGAUCCCGGAGGACACGAAGAGACGAGCUCAAACUAAAAAAGGAUGCUCUCGGGCGUUGGCUCGGACGCUAACGGGGCAGUAAGUUCCCACAGUUCAUCUGUACAGCGCGACAAAUAUAUUUAUUAAAAUUUUAAGUGUGAGUUUUAUGCCCUCAAGAAGAUGGAACAAAAGUCAGUCCCGUGAUACAGUGAACUAAAAUAACACUAAAAGAUAUUUUUCUGCAUUAUUACUAUUUUUAUAUCUUCGCACAUCAGCCAAUACCGAUCAAUCAGUCUUAAAGACUUCCUUUAAUAUUAAAUAUCUAACUGUUUUUAUGCACAAGGAGUUAAUGGACACAUUUGUGUAUAUUUUCAGGGCCGAUGUGACGUUUAAAUAAUAAUUUUCAUCAGUAGCAGAUGUUUCUUUGUUAUUUAUUCUAGGGCAGCACGAUGUGGUAGAAACAUAAUUCUGUCAUAUUAUUGACGAUUAUGUGACAACGAUCGUCUUUGGAUCAAAACCUUCAACCCAAAGAAUUAAAAUCAUGAUGAUGUGAAAUGUUUUCUUAAACCUGGAUGAAGAUUUGUAGUCCAGAGUCUCUGCGGUUCAUUAUAAGAUGAUUAUUAGAUCAAUUUAUUCCCCUUCUGUGCAACGAGGAUAAGCCUCUCCGUCUUGGAGGAGGUAAAUAUCGGUCUGAUGGAUGUAAAACUAGAGGUCCGAGUCUUCUGUCCCCAAAACCAGAUGUUGCUCUGCAUCCGACUCUGGUGGCGUUUCUUUAAAAUGGCGUCCUCUGUCUGCCUCUGUGAUUGCUGGAGCUGAAGGCGUCACUUUAUUCACACACACACACACACACACACACACACACACACACACACACACACACACGUGAAAGCAUUUAACUGUGCCUGCUGUCGGUGUGUUAGACUGUAUGAAAUGCAGUCUUUGUGAGGAAGAGGAGGAGGAAGAUGCCAUAUGAGUGCAGACUGCCUGAGGUGCACGAGGCUUUCUAAAUGUUGUGAGGGUAGAGGGUACUACAUUUACCAGAAUGCACUGCUGCAGUGUUCUGGAUCUGGUUAAUUAGCAGCUGUGAGUUACUAAUCGGUGAUUAACUGUAGACGAGGCUGCUUGUUCACGUAAAUACAGACGUUUUUAUUAUUGAUUAACCUGGCAAUUAGAGCUGAAACCUUAUUGAUUAGUUGAUCGAUAGAAAAUUAAUCAGCAGCAGUUUUAUUAUUGAGAACUUUUAAAGCAAAUCUGUCCAGCUUUUGUUUGUUUUUACUUUGUGUGUCUUUGAUCUGAAUCAGUUUGGGAUUGUUUGUCGAACAAAACGAGACGUUUAAAGACGACAUGGCGACUUUUUACUGUUAUUGAUAUUUUACACUGAAGUUCCUGUGCUUUUAUCGCCGGAGCUCAGAUAAUUAAAAACAUUAUAAUCUGGUAAAAUAUCUACGUACCGUAAAAACUUCUAAUAAAUCAACAAGCUGGCGACCUAGACCAGGCCUCUAAUUGAGACCCCAGGCUAGUAAAGGAGACCUGCCUUUUGUUUUUGAAGUUUUACAUUUUUUAGGAGUAAAAUAAACACAAACAAUUAUAUAAAUGAAACCACUGGCUACGAUAAGCCGAUACUGCGCCAACUGACGCCUGGUCUGAGGAAUAAUCGGUCGUAACGCGGCGUUCCAAGCCUAACCUAAAAUUGAUACAUUUAUAAAUCACUGUAUUUUGACGUUUGAUGGAUUUUUUCGACGUGUCUUUUUUUAUUUGAUCCUCCGUAACAUUAACGCAAAUUACAAAUGAUUAAAUAUAAGUGAAUUAACGAAGAUACCGUGUUCUCGAUUUAAUGAAUCUUUACGUUUUUGAAACAAAAGAAAUUGUAUUUUCAAAAUUUUUCAUAAAACAAAAAACGGUUUAAUGUUUUCAAGCACCCGAAUAAUGAAAAUUAAAUAUACAAUUUUUUGUUUUUGUUUCUGAAACUCAAGGUUUUUCUAAAGAAGUCUGAACAACUAAGCCGACCCGGCUUAGUAAAGAUCAGUUGGUGCAUCCCUGAACACAGAUCAUAAUGUUACAGACAAUUUCUUUGAUUAUUUGUUAACAUCAUAAAAACAGUAAAAAAUGCAUCAUAACUUCAGGUGUGUUGUUCUGUCCGACCAGCAGCUCAACGAGAUUCACUUUACUGAUAUAAAGCAGAAAAUCCUCACGUUAGCGAAGCUGUAAAAUCAGAUAUUUGGUGUUUUUGCUCAACUUAAAUAAUGAAUCUGUUCUCUAAAUAGUUGCUGAUGAAACUUCUGCUCGUCUUUAAUAAAAAAGCGGAUCCUUUGAAAUCAGCUGUAAAGUGCUGCAGGCGACAUAAAGAGCUGUAAAUGUAUGCGGUCGAUGUGAAUCUGUUUGCUUUAGACUAAAGUGCCUAUAAAGACGUGUGCGUAGAGCGACUGACUGUCGGAGGUCGUGUUUCUGGGUUCGUAUCUGUCGUUAAAGGCACUGUGUUGGUCUGUGAGGUCGGUCACAUGGUGCCUUCCGUCUGCCUUUCGCCGAAGGUCUCGUCUCGUUUCACCUGAACCGAUCCGAGGUGAGCUUUAGGACGGAGGUCGAUCUCCAGGUUAAAUGUUGAAGUGAAUCAGAGGGAGAGUCUUCACACGCAGACUGAUCCUGAUGUGAUGAAUUUUGUUUUCUUGGUCAAUAAAAAACUUUUCUAUGACUCAAAA